AUGUGCUCGACCUGCAACGUGUCCAGCCGCCCGGCUGCAUGGACCCUCGACCAGCCAACCACUUCUUCAGAGGCUGAAGUCGCAGUCAACUCAUGCGAGUUUCAGUCAUCCGAAUUCAACGCUACUGGGUUAGCUGCCGCUGAUUGGUCCUCCACUGGCUUCCAGAGGGUCUCUGAGUCCUUCGUUGAGGAGAAUGGACUGGCUCUUCCUGACACUAACAUCUCUUCCGGCGCGGGAAUGGUUCGCUCCAUUGUCAAGAUCGAAGCGCGUUUCGCCAACAAAUUGACUGGCGACUCCAUCUGGAAGAUCAGCACCGGACUCCUCGUCAGCCCCGACCUCGUUGUCGCUGGAAGCGAGGCCGUCUACGAUGCUGAGUAUCAGCUUGGUGCAGCUACGCAAGUCAAAUGCUAUAUUGGAUAUCGUGGACGUGGGUCUUCUGACAUCCAGCCCCGAUAUGGUCAGCGUGUCGUUUUCUCUGCCGACUGGACUGAGAUUUCUGAAAGGCGCUCGCGAGAUAUUGCUUUCAUUCAGGUUGUUCAACCUUUCACUUUGAGUGUGAAAAAUGCCCCCGUUCAAGGUAUGUCAGACCAGAUUGCUUUCCCUUCUUCAUUCGCUGACGAAUUGGCAUCUACAAAAGAACCCGUCGAACAGGCCCCCAUCAACGUCACUGUUUGCACGAACUGCAGCUCCCACGAGGCACCCGUCCCUGAGGCCGUCGCUCCACCUGAGCCUGAGCCCGAGGUCACACAGACUGAUGCUCCUGCUCCCGCUUUUGUCGAGCCCGCAGUCGAGGAGCCUGAGCUCGAGAUUCCUGCCCCAGCAGCUGAACCAAUCCCCGAAGCUGUCCCCGAAAGCGACUACGUUGAUAUCGAGAUUGAUAACACGCCGGAUACUUCCGUUUCCGAGGAGGUUGAUCCCUUCUACCAGACCCUCAAGACUGUCUCACAAGUCGACACCAAGACCCUCGACAUCGAAUCUUCACUGAUCGAUGAUGUCGGCCAGUUUGUCAGUGUCGCUGCUGGAUCUCUUGUCGGCCACGUCGUUGGGGCAGAGACUCUCUCUAGCGGCAAGGCAACCAAGCUCUCUGGUAUCUCUGAGCGUGCGCUCCUCGCCGAAGCAUCCCUCCAGGCUGUAUUCGCCGUCGAGCAAUCUAACGAGCUUGAUGAGAUCAUCGCAGUGAUGAAAGAGAAUUGGACCACCAAUGCUCCCCAAGCCGAGCAGCUUUCUGAGCUUCUUGCACCUUACCUGGCCGAGGCUGCUCGAUGUAUCAUUGAGUACCAUCAAGAAGACGAGGCUGGGAAUGUCACUGCAGCCAAGACCCCGAAGCGCCGAAACCUUGGCAUUCGACAAUUCCCCACCAGCGAGGCAACCAAGGGGUUUGUCAAGGGUAUCUUCGAACCCACUCUUCCUCUAGCAGGUCGUGAGGAUGUGUUCUCCUCUCUUGGUCCUGUCCUUCGCAGUGCUGUUUCUGCUGUCGAACAAAUCGUAUGCCAAGCUGGAAAUACUGCUGUGGAUGUGAUCACGCCCAAGCUUCUCACGAAGUACCAGGGAACUGCUCCAUCAGCUAGCGACAUUGAGGCUACUCGUGUUCUCGUUCAACGCGCCAUCAUGGCAGAUGCCGCUUACCAGGCCCUUUCUACCUUUCCUCGAGAGAAGCUCCAAGUCCUGAAACUCAUCCCUCUUGAUGCUGAGCUUCCUCAGGCCGACAACAUUUUUGACUUCAUCAAGAAUGUCAUUCAGAAGAUUGGCCCUGUUUGUCUUCAUGAUGCCAAGCAGGCUGUGCACAAGUUUGUUCCUCUCCUCGUCGAUACUCAUGCCAAGGCUCCCCAGCCUGUUUUCGCUGUUCCUGCAAAGGCUGCAAGCAGCAAGUUUGCGCUUCGAGACUUUCUCAGCAACAAGAAGGGUUCUGUCAAGACAUUCUGA